UGAGAGUGAGCGGUAAGAGGGGUGGUGGGCGGACGGGUGGUCGGACGGGUGGAGGGAGGUUGUAGGAAGAGAAGAGUAAAGAGGCCGUGUACGCGCGAGGCAACGUCCAAACGCGACGCGCGCGUCACGUUACGAACGUUAAAUACGACUUAUCCUGGUAUAAAGUUAAUGUGUUACGAAGCGCAACGAAAUGAAGCUAACACGAAAGUGUUUCGGGAAUAUCAGCAAGAUGCUAGACUUCUACUCGCAGUUCAACCCUUCGCCUCUUUCGAUAAAGCAGUUCAUCGAUUUCGGACUAAGCGCAUGCGAAAGGAAGUCUUUUAUAUUCUUAAGGAAGGAGCUACCAGUACGACUCGCCAAUAUCAUGAAAGAAAUCCAUUUAUUACCCGAUAAUUUAUUGAAAACGCCUAGUGUCGUCAUAGUCAAUAAUUUAUAUGCCACUUCCUUUGAGGAAAUUAUACACUUUGAGAAGUCUGAAGUUAACGACAGUACUUUGGAUAAAUUUUGUCAAGCUUUGAUCAAAAUCCGAAACAGGCACAGCGACGUUGUUCAAACGAUGUCCCAGGGUGUUCUUGAGUUGAAGGAUUCUUACGAAGUCGAUGUUCAAACAGAGAACAGUAUCCAGUAUUUCCUCGACAGAUUUUUCAUGUCACGAAUUUCUAUUCGUAUGCUCAUCAAUCAACACACGCUCCUUUUUGGUGGAUUGUUGAACGGUCACAGCAGACACAUAGGAUGUAUAGACCCUUCGUGUGAUGUUAUCAGUGUUAUCAAAGACGCCUACGAGAAUGCACAGUUUCUAUGCGAUCAAUAUUAUCUGGCUAGUCCGGCAAUAAACGUGAAACAACAUAAUGAACUCGAACGAGGUAACGAAAUACGAAUCGUUUAUGUACCAAGUCAUUUGUAUCACAUGCUCUUCGAACUAUUCAAGAAUAGUAUGAGAGCAAUUAUGGAAUAUCACGGAUCGGAAUCAGACAAUUAUCCGCCGAUCGAUGUGACGGUUGUACGUGGAAAAGAGGAUAUAUGCGUGAAGAUAUCUGACCGUGGCGGUGGCAUACCUCGUUCGCAUAUGGAUCAUCUUUUUAAGUACAUGUAUAGUACCGCGCCUCAGCCAAGCAAGUCGGAUGCACAUACUGUCCCUCUCGCUGGUUAUGGUUAUGGUCUUCCGCUAUCUCGUUUAUACGCUAGGUAUUUUCAUGGUGACAUCGUUUUGCUCAGCUGCGAAGGUUACGGGACUGAUGCGAUCAUUUAUCUGAAGGCUCUUUCGAAUGAGGCAAACGAGUUGUUACCUAUAUUCAAUAAGACUUCCUCGAAGUUUUAUCGUACGCCAGUUCCUACGGCUGAUUGGAGCAGCCAAUGUGGUGGUGGUAUGGCCACUAGACAACUCAGAAUGAGUUACACUCAAGGACAUAGAUUACCUCACGGUAUGGAGGUCGGUCAUUGCUAACGAAAUUUUAUCUCAUUUUAAAAAGAGAAAAAAAAAACAACAAACAAACAAGUUGAUAAAAAGUUUAACGAUUUAUUCGAAUUAAUUUUCGUACUAUGGAUGCGUAGAGUCCUCGUUUAUAUUUUCACUCAGUUAGAUACCUCGAAAUGAGCUUCGACAAGAAAAAUGUCAAUAGUUGCGGUAUAAAUAUUAGCGAUCUGAUAUCAAAAUCUUUGAUACUAGUUCUGCAUUUGACGUUAUCGCGAUAGUUUAUCUUAGUCCCUGUGAAAAAUGAAGUCACGGUAUAAAUUAAAAAAAAAAUUUUUGAUUUUUACGUCUCGCAUUACGUAUCGCAAUCACGAGAUGUUACAUAUCAAGUCAAAGUGACAGAUCUGCCAAUUGAUUCUUGUUAUUCGACCUGCACACUCUUAUUUCGGAGAGUAUCCAACUGACUUUUAUUUAUUCUUUUAACAAUUUUGAAUAAUCAUUGUCAUCGAUGGAUCGCAUAGUGAGCAAAAAAUAAGAGCGACUGGUAUACUUAGUUAAAUAUAAUUUUUGCUUACUCGAUCAUUUUUGUCCUCUUCUUAAUUUAAUAACAAUGACGUAUUAAGCAUUUUUAUGAUUUAGAAUGCAUUUUUUUUUUUCUUUUUUAUUACAAAAAGAUUAAUUUUUGAACGGCAUUGAUGAAUAUUAGGACCCAUUACUUUUGUGGAUUCUAUAAGAAUAACCACAAAACGCAGACUGUGAUGUAGUAGGCAAUUUUAAUUUUUAACUGUUAGACGGCUAAAACUUGUUAAUUGUUGAUACUGUAUUAGUACUAUGAUACUAAUAUCGUAUGUAAUAAUAUUAAAAUUAUAAUUUUACGUGUAUGCGAGUAUAUACUUCGAAAGAAGUCGAAGAGAGUCGCUUUAAGUCUCCCACACAGAAAGUAUUUUCUAUAGUAGAAUAAUUCAUCUGAUAAUAAAAGAUGAAACAUUGAAUCUUCUCAAUGAUACCUCAAUUUUUAAUAAUGACAUUUUAUAAGAAGGAAGCUCUUCAAGAAAUUGCAGAAACUAUCGUUUUUUUAAUGCGAUAAACUUCGUUCUUGUAAGAUUCCGAAAGUAAAUACAGGACUGUAGUUUUUUAACUAUUACUUGGCAUAAAAAAUACAAGCAUAAUAUUCCAGAGAGAUCCAUCAUUUCUUUGUUAAAUAUCAUAUCAUAUCGAUCUUUCUUUCUUUUUUUUUUUUUUUUUUUGUUUCUUUCGGAAGUGGAGUAACGUGCGUGGUAAUACCAAAAGAAUUUACUAGUAAAUUUUUACGUUAUUCUAUUUCCUUGUUCUUCUUUUUUUUAAAUCGUAAUUUUUAUUUUUAUUUUCGUUUUAAAGUUUAUUAUUACAGCGUACUCAUGGGAAGAGAAAAAAAUGUCUAUUUAAUUUAUAUAGUGCGAAAUUAAGCGAGAUGGUGUACGUUUGUAAUUUUCAAAUUGGUUUCUUAUUUUUGUUUUCCUUUUUCUUUUCUUUUCUUUCUUUUUUUUUUUUUUUUUUUUUAAUAUAUAAUUUGGGAGAUAACCUCACAAAAAUACCGUGUUUUGUAUAUGUAUAUAUAUAUAAUAGAUUAUAAUUAUUGUAAUAAUGAAUUAUAAAAUUGUCAUAGAUUAUAGUACUUAUUACGACAAACCAUAUAGAGAUCUUCAUGCGUGUAGCAUGAUAUUGUAAAACAUUGUUAAUAAAGAAAUUAUAAUAGA